AGGAGAAAACUAGAGAGAGAAGCAGCGAGAGAGAGGGGGGAAUCGAAGGGGGGAAUCGAAGAAACAGCCAGCGAUUGGCCCAAGCCCGGAACCAAUGAGGGCGCGUGCCUUUCGGCGGGUCGGGAGGGGGGGAGUAACACGCAACGGUCGCUGACCAACCGUUGCCGUCGUGUGUAGCCUCGAGCGCCAAUGAGCGUUCGUCUCCCCCUAUUGCAUCGGUGAGGGCGGGAGGAAGAGGGAGUAGAUAGAAUCUCUUCGAUAUGACGGCUCCUCCUGCCUGCCCCUGGCUGGCCCCCUUCUGCUAGAAAUGGGGGGGUCGGUGGGUGGAUGAGAGAAGAACAGAAGGGUCCGGAUUUCUGGGAGGGGUGUCUCCCCCCCCCUUCUGAUUAGCGUUUGUCAAUGUGGGCGGCUUAGGUCAUUGUUAUCGCUAGUGUUUUGAAAUAAGAAACACUUGAAAACAUGAAAAACGGUUUUAAGGAAUAAUAAUAUAUAUUUAUAUAUAUAUGUAUAUAUAUUAAACAAAAAUCACCCUCGCAGUUAGGUGGCUCUCCUCCGGCACCAGAGGAGGAGGGUGGGGGGAUAAGAGUGAGGUGAGCCUCUGAGGAAAUGGAGGGACCCUCCCGUUGCUCCGCGGGAGAAGGGGAACGGACUCUCCUCACGGUCAAGCACGAGCUGAAGAACGCAAAUUUGACAGGCCAUGUGGAAAAAGUGGGCAUUGAGAACUUUGAACUCCUGAAAGUUCUUGGAACAGGAGCCUAUGGAAAGGUGUUUCUGGUGAGGAAAAUAAGUGGACAUGAUGCUGGCAAGUUGUAUGCAAUGAAGGUAUUGAAAAAAGCAACAAUAAUUCAGAAAGCCAAAACAACUGAACAUACAAAGACUGAACGGCAAGUACUGGAGCACAUUCGACAGUCUCCAUUUUUGGUCACUUUGCAUUAUGCUUUCCAGACAGAUACAAAGCUUCAUCUCAUUUUGGAUUACAUAAAUGGAGGAGAACUUUUUACCCAUCUUUCACAAAGAGAGAGAUUUACUGAAGAUGAAGUACGAAUAUACAUUGGAGAGAUUGUAUUGGCACUCGAACAUCUACACAAGUUGGGAAUUAUCUAUCGUGAUAUAAAACUUGAAAAUAUUCUUCUUGAUUCUGAUGGUCAUGUGGUGUUGACAGACUUUGGCUUGAGUAAGGAGUUCAUUAGCGAUGAGAAUGAGAGAGCAUAUUCUUUCUGUGGAACUAUAGAAUAUAUGGCUCCAGAUAUUGUCAAAGGAGGGGAGGCAGGACAUGACAAAGCUGUUGAUUGGUGGAGUCUAGGUGUUUUAAUGUAUGAAUUACUAACCGGCGCAUCACCAUUUACAGUUGAUGGAGAGAGAAACUCACAAACAGAGAUAUCUAGGAGAAUAUUAAAAAGCGAACCUCCUUAUCCUGAAGAAAUGAGUGCUCUAGCUAAAGAUAUAAUUCAGCGUCUUCUAAUGAAAGAUCCCAAGAAAAGACUGGGCUGUGGUUUGAGUGGUGCUGAUGAAAUCAAACAACAUCCUUUCUUCCAGAGAAUAAACUGGGAUGAUAUGGCUGCCAAAAAAGUGCCAGCUCCAUUUAAGCCAGUAAUUCGUGAUGAAUUGGAUGUUAGUAACUUUGCAGAGGAGUUUACAGAAAUGGAUCCAACCUAUUCUCCAGCGACUACUCCACAAGCUGCAGAUAAGCUCUUCCAGGGGUAUUCCUUUGUUGCACCCUCUAUCUUAUUCAAACGCAAUGCAGCUACCAUGGAUCCCAUUCAGUUUCUGACAGCAGUUGACCAACCUGGAGUUACAAGUAUUGCCAGAAGUGCUAUGAUGAAGGACUCUCCAUUUUAUCUUAAUUAUGAAUUGGAUCUCAAAGAAAAACCACUGGGAGAAGGAAGCUUUUCCAUCUGUCGAAAAUGCUUACACAAAAAAACCAGUCAAGUGUAUGCCGUAAAAAUUAUUAGUAAAAGACUAGAAGCCAAUACCCAGAGAGAAAUAACAGCUUUAAGACUCUGUGAGGGACAUCCCAAUAUUGUGAAGCUGCAUGAAAUUUAUCAUGAUCAGCUCCACACAUUUCUAGUAAUGGAACUUCUGAAAGGAGGUGAAUUACUUGAACGUAUCCAGAAAAAGAAACUCUUCAGUGAGACUGAAGCCAGUUAUAUCAUGCGCAGACUUGUUUCAGCAGUGAGCCAUAUGCAUGAUGUAGGAGUAGUCCACAGAGAUCUAAAACCUGAGAAUUUAUUAUUUACUGACGAAAGUGAUAAUUCUGAAAUAAAAAUAAUUGAUUUUGGAUUUGCCCGCUUAAAGCCACCUGACAAUCAGCCACUUAAGACUCCAUGUUUUACUCUUCACUAUGCUGCUCCAGAACUCUUAAAUCGUAAUGGUUAUGAUGAAUCAUGUGAUCUCUGGAGUCUAGGAGUCAUUUUGUAUACAAUGCUCUCAGGACAAGUACCUUUCCAGUCUCAAGAUAAAAGUAGAACAAGCACAAAUGCGCUGGAAAUUAUGAAGAAAAUUAAAAGAGGGGAGUUUUCAUUUGGAGGAGAUGCUUGGAAAGAUGUAUCUCAGGAAGCCAAAGAUUUGAUACAAGGACUUCUUACAGUGGAUCCAAAUAAGAGAAUUAAAAUGACCAGUUUGAGAUACAGUGAAUGGCUUCAAGGUGGUAGCCAACUGUCAUCCAACCCAUUAAUGACUCCAGACAAUUUAGGAUCUUCAGGAGCUGCUGUUCACACUUAUGUCAAAGCAACCUUUCAUGCCUUUAACAAGUACAAGAGGGAAGGCUUUUGCCUUCAGAAUGUUGACAAGGCACCUCUUGCGAAAAGAAGGAAGAUGAAAAAGACGAGCACAAGUACAGAAACACGUAGCAGUUCCAGUGAAAGUUCUCAUUCUUCUUCGCAUUCUCAUGGUAAAACUACUCCUACAAAGACACUGCAGCCAACAAAUCCCACAGACAGCAAUACUCCAGAGACCAUCUUUCAAUUCUCUGACUGAAAAGCAGGGAAAUGGCUAUAAACUUGUUGAUACAUGCACUCCCUUUAACACAAGAGCAUCUGUUAAUUGUAAUAACUUCAU